AUGCGUUUAGAUCAUUCUGGGUUAAAGAUGCUGCUUUCACCGAAAGUUGCCGAAGAUGUUGAAUAUGUAAACGAUAAAGCUGGAAUAGUCAAAGAAAAAUUAGCAAAAGUAGCUGACGAUGCCAAAGCUGCAGCUAACGAACCCUUGAAAGCUACUCGACAUGCUGGUACGUCUUGCAAAGCGGCAAUUCUAAUGAAUUUGUCUCGAAAAUAUCUUGUAGGAGCUGAUGCAGUUGAUUCCGCCACCGAAUACGUUCAAGAAUCAAGAAAACAAGCAUCGAAGAAAGCGAAAGAAACCGCCGAAGAAACCAGUGAAAAAGCACAAAAAGCUAAAAGAAAUGCUGAUCUCUAA